AGAGAGAAUUUUGAAUCUGGUGCGCUCCAACGUUCGAAUGGUAUUUACAGUCCUUGUGAUCCAUCAAACGGUCAUAAAUUUACAUGUGAAUGAAUUUAAAUCCCCCAAGGAAAUCUUUUCCUAAACAGAGAUUUCUGUUUUUUUUUUUUUUUUUUUUUUUCUCUACCUAUAAAUAAGGGAAACAUAAUUCAGAUCUUCAAACCAUAUCAUUGUUUUUUCUCAGUCACACUUCAGAUUUUUCUGGCCUCCUUUUCAUCAUUAAACCUUCUUGUCUACGUGAAUGAAAUAAACCUUGUCUCCUUUUCAAACUUUUCUUCUGUAUUAUAUCAUGAAAAAGUAAAAAAAGCAAUACUUCUUUAUUCCCACUCUGAGUCCUUCUGUCAGAUCCCAACCUUCAAAAUUUUGAUUAUUUCUCAGCAUUCUGUGAAAUCAGAUCCAAACCCACUUCCCAAAAUGCAGAGACUGAAAUGGGUUUUCAAGCUUCUGUUCAUUCUUUCAAUCUUUGAUCUGUUACCAGAAACCCUAGCUCAAGCAGGCUCACCUAUGCCACCAACAUGUUCAGAAGCAGAUAGAGUCUCUCUUCUUGGUUUCAAAGCUAGAAUGUUGAAGGACACUACGGAUAUUCUCUCUUCAUGGACAGGGAAGGACUGCUGUGGUGGAGAUUGGGAGGGUGUUCAGUGCAAUCCAGCUACAGGGAGGGUUACUGGGCUAGUGUUGCAGAGGCCAUCCUCUGAUAGGGACAGUGGCCUUUACAUGAAGGGCACUCUGUCCCCAUCCCUGGGUAGCCUAAGGUUCUUGGAGGUUUUGGUGAUCAGUGGCAUGAAACAUAUUGCAGGAGCAAUUCCCCAGAGUUUCUCAAAUCUAACCAGACUCACCCAACUUGUUCUAGAAGACAAUUCUCUUGAGGGUAACAUUCCUUCAAGUUUAGGGCACUUGCCCUUUCUUACGACCCUCUUACUCACUGGCAACCGUUUGAGUGGGCAGAUUCCUCCAAGCUUAGGGAAUUUCCCAAACCUUCUUCUGCUUAAUUUAGCCAAAAACAAUCUCUCAGGUCCUAUCCCACCCACUUUCAAAAAUUUCCUUGGCUUACAGUCGUUUGAUCUUAGCUACAACUCAUUAUCUGGGUUCAUUCCAGAUUUUCUAGGCCAGCUCAAGAACCUAACAUUCCUUGACCUCUCCAACAACCAAUUUACAGGGCAAAUGCCCAAUUCCUUAUGCAACUUGCCCAAUCUGUUGGACUUGUCCUUGAGCCAUAACCGGCUCACCGGAAGAAUCCCAAACCAGAUUGAGAAUCUAAAGUCCCUAACCAGUCUUCAACUGAGUGUCAACAACCUUGUUGGUCAGAUCCCAGAAUCCAUUUCGAGGUUGCAGAGACUUUGGUACCUUAAUUUAUCUCGAAAUUCGCUUUCGAAUCCACUUCCCAGAACCAUUUCGAAUGGCAUACCUUCUCUAUUGUCGUUAGACCUCUCAUACAACAAUCUCAGUUUAGGGACAGUUCCUAGAUGGAUCACAAGCAGGGCACUUUCAGAUGCCCAUUUAGCUGGCUGUGAUCUCAGAGGAACACUCCCAAACUUCACAAAACCCAAUUCCUUGAACUCUAUUGACCUCUCUGACAACUAUUUUACUAAUGGCCUUCCCAAUUUCUUCUCAAAGAUGUCCAGUUUGCAGAAGGUCAAGCUUUCGAAUAACCAAAUCGAAUGCGAUCUCCUUGAAAUCAGAUUGCCAGAAGGGCUCUCGUCCCUCGAUCUGCACUCGAAUCAGCUUUUCGGGUCUCUCUCAAGGAUCUUGAACAACAACACAAGCAACUUCUUGGAGACGAUAGACGUGUCGAACAAUCGAAUUUCUGGCAGCAUUCCUGAGUUCGGUGAAGGUUUGAGCUUGAAAAUGCUCAGCAUAGGCAGCAACAAAAUUGCAGGUCACAUCCCCAAUUCAAUCUCCAACCUGAUUGAAAUUGAAAAAUUGGACAUUUCAAGGAACCAAAUAACAGGAACAAUCCCUACAAGUUUAGGAUUGUUGUUGAAGAUGCAAUGGCUAGACCUGUCUAUCAAUGGGCUAACUGGGAAAAUCCCAGAUAGCUUACUAGAGUUGGGAGAUCUAAAACAUGCCAACUUCAGAGCAAAUAGAUUAUGUGGAGAGGUACCACAAGGAAGACCAUAUAAUAUCUUCCCUGCAAAAGCCUAUGCUCAUAAUCUUUGCUUAUGUGGGAAACCCAUGCCUCCUUGUAGGAACAAGAAACUUAGGAUCAUUGGUCAGUAGACUGCUGACUCUAUACAACUUGGUACAAGUCUAUUUCUCAUAGUAUUUGUUACUUCUUAUUCUAUUGAUGCAAAUUUGAACUUCAUUUACAAAUAAGAUCAUCUACUUCUGAAAUGUUUUAUUAUUUUUGUAUUUAUUUAUUUUUUGUAAGUAUGAAUAGCAUUUUAGUUGUUAAACAAGACAUCUGAGAUAUCUAACGGCAAUGUAGAAAAGCAGCCAGGAAACAAACAAAUUUGUACAAAACCAAACUCGUUUUUUUUUUUUUUUUUUUUUUUUUUU